AUGGGAAAACGAACUCUAAAAAAGAUAAAUGAGAAGGAUGAGCUGAUCGUUGCCAGCGAUGCCCAAGCAAAUUCUGUUGAGCAGAUGUCAUUGGACCAGCUUUUCAAGGAACUUGCAAAAGAGACCAAGGGCAGCGAUGAGGCCACACAAGACCCCGAAAACGAAUUCGAAAAAUUACAGAAAGAGGUCUCAACACUCCCGAAAAUCGAGUGUGAACUUGAGCUCAAAUCAGAUCCCAAGGCUAUCAAGCCACAGACUAAAUCUUUCGUGGUGAACGUGAACGAUCCAAUCAUGGUUGUGCGCAAGAAGAGCAAAGAAGAGCCAACUGAUGCUGGCUCCAAAUGGUUUGGCAUGAAAAAGCCCGAGAUGACUGAUGCAUUGAAACGUGACCUUCUUGUUCUCAAGAAUAGAAGUGUUUUAGAUCCGAAGAGACAUUACAAAAAGGAGAAGUGGGAAGUUCCCAAAUUCUUUGAGACAGGUACUGUUGUGGAAGGUAAUACUGAAUUCUAUUCUGCUCGCAUGAACAAAAAGGACCGUGGAAGAACCUUGGCAGACGAAAUAUUGCAAGAUAGUGCUGCUAACACUUACUUCAAGAGAAAGUAUGGCGAGAUUCAAAAGAAAAAUAGCAGUGGAAGUCAACUGCGUUACAAAAAAAUCAAGUCUAAGAGACAGGGUCAUUAG